AUGUGGCUGUCGCCAAUAUUUGCGGACACUUUGGGGCCAAGUUAUCCAACACCAAAGGACCUCACCAGCGGCCAUAGCCACGUUGCCGCUAGCUUCAAAAACCUCACUUCGACUUUGGACGGAUAUCUCAAAGAUGGGAAAUGGAAAUCGCUUCCACAACCACUGGCGGACGUAAUUAACGUUACUUUCUCACUCGGGUUAUUCUCGCUUAAUGAUCCCGCAGCCACAAAGUUGCAAUAUCAUUAUACAUCUCCAGAGAUUGCAAAUGCCCCAAACGGUACUCACAAAGUAGAUGGUGAUACCAUCUACCGUGUUGCCAGCGUUACAAAAGUUCUUACUGUUCUUACCGGGCUCCUCGAACUGAGUGACAGCGACUGGCAUCGGCCUCUUACAGAAAUUCUCUCCCCCCUUAAGAAAUUUGCCAAGAAUAAUACCGGGGAGAGUGACCCUAUAUAUACUGUGGAAUGGGAUAAAGUUACUCCAGAUGCUCUUGCAGCCCAGAUUGGCGGUGUUCCACGAGAUGGAUUCCCAGAUACGAAUGACCUCGCGUUUGAAGCGAUCAUUCAAUCAAUGGCUGGAUUACCGCUGAACCCAGACCCAGUGAAGUUGGGUCUCCCUCCAAUCAGUCAGAAUAACACAUUGGUGUAUUCACCGUGUUUCUUCUCGAAUGCGUCAACCUGUCCUCCUGUUCCAUACAUCGAGAGCAGUGACGCAAGAGCACCAAGCUUUUUGCCUUACACAACUCCAGGAUACGCCAAUAAUGGAUUCUCCCUCCUGGGCCUCGCAAUUGAAAAUAUUACUGGAAAGAGUUUUGAGAAAAUGUUUGACAAAGACAUUUUUGAACCUCUCGAUAUGACAUCGUCCAGCGCUGUCACUCCUCCCAAGUCUGAAUGGCAUCGAUCUGUGAUUCCUGGUGAUAUUAGUAACUUUGCAGUCGAAGCUGGGGUCUAUAUUACCUCAGGUGCGGUCCUGUCGACUAUCAAUGACAUGGCGAAGUUGGGCGUCGGUAUUUUGAAUUCAACUCUACUGCCAUCUCACCAAACUCGUCGGUGGAUGAAGCCCUUUUCACAUACCGCCGACCUGAAACAAUCUGUUGGCCGUCCGUGGGAAAUCCAUCGCUAUACACAUCCAUCUGGAGUUAUUACAGAUCUCUACACAAAGUCUGGUGACUCUGGUGAUUAUAGUGCCUACUUUGUUCUGCUGCCGGACUAUGACGCAGGCUUCACCAUCCUUUCCUCCAGCUCACAUGUCACGCGAUUCUUAACACUGUCUGCACUUAUGGAUAUCAUCAUUAACUCGUUGAUUCCGUCUCUUGCUGCACAGGCGGCCGCCGAGGCUGAGAAUCGAUUUGCAGGGUUCUACUACUCUGAAGACUGCAGCCUAAACUCCUCCCUCACCUUGACUGUUAACCAAAGUGCAGUCGCGUCACCCGGACUUAUCAUCUCAUCGUGGAUUAGCAACGGCACGGAUAUACUUGAAUCGCUUGUCCCUACCACAGGUCCAGGUCCUUGGCGUCUCCUACCAAGUAUCUCAGACUCCGCACACGGGAAAGUGGCCUUCCGAUUUGUUACGGAUCUUGAUGCACCCAGCAUCAGCCCAAUAACUGAGAACAAACUCUUCACAAACUUUCCCAUGGCAGAUUGGGUGGGUGUUGAUGCUACUGCAUAUGGCGGAAUAGCCACAACUCUUUUUGUUUUCGAUGUGUCGAAAGAUGGGACUGUGGAGGCGGUAAGCCCAUCGGCCCUCCUAGUCAAAUUGACGAAAGAGCACAAAUAA